UCCGGCGUCUUUCUAACGGCAGUCGUCUGGUUGCUUAUUACCGCCGGUUGUGGGAUCUGGGGCUCUGGAUCAUUGGGUCUCGCUGAAGUAACGGAACCCGGAAAGGUUCCGAGGGGGCACUGUCCACACUGCACAGGAGUGAGCGGGUUGCGGAAUCUACUUCCGGGAUUUUCACCUCAGGUGUCCGCCAUUAUCCCGCGUGUCUCCUGGCCCCACGGACCCCAGAGGGUCCUAUGGCAACCGGCGCGCUGACGGACCGGCCCAGGUUGCCAUGGUAGGAGCAACACCUGUGGUCCCUGGACAGGGCCCUGUGACCUUUGAGGAUGUGGCUGUGUCCUUCUCCCAGGAGGAGUGGGGGCUCCUUAGUGAUGCUCAGAGGCUGCUGUACCACGACGUGAUGCUGGACACCUUGUCCCUUCUAGCCUCCCUGGGUUGUUGGCCUGGAGUACACGCUGAGGUGGUCACUUCUGAGCAAGGUGUUUCUGUAGAACAAGUGGCACAAGCCAGGAGUCCAAAGCCAGACCCAUCCACCCUGAAGACUCGUACGUCCGAUACGUGUGUCCUGGUAGAGACAGAUGUUUCAUACCUGGCCGAGCACCAAGGAGUCCCUCCUGGUCUGGAGCCACCCUCUCCUGGGGCCUCUGGGGAAAUGUUCAGUUCUUACCUAGAGCAGCAGCAGAAGCAGCCCAGGGGAGAGAAACACCUCACAGGGGAGGAGAGCAGAGCCUUGCUCGUGACCAGCUGCAGAGCGCGUGUAUCCGACAGCAUGUUCACAUGCAGGGAGGGCGAGAAGGAUUUCCUAGGCACCCUGGACUUUCUCCAGCACCAGCCCUGCCACAGUGGAGAGCACCCACGUCGAAGCAGGAAGAGCAGGGAGGUCUCCCACCCUGAGCAAGGGCAUUACAAGUGCAGCGACUGUGGCAGAGCCUUCAAUAAAAAGUAUAAAUUUACGGAGCACCUGAGAGUUCACACUGGAGAAAAACCUUAUGAGUGCAGUGACUGCGGGAAGUUCUUCAGACUCAGGGGGGGUCUUACUCAUCAUCGGAGAGUUCACACAGGGGAUAAGCCUUUUGACUGUAGUAAAUGUGGGAAAGUCUUCCUGUACAAAUGUAAACUUGUUGAGCACCAAAGAGUCCACACUGGAGAAAGACCCUAUGAGUGUAACGAAUGUGGGAGAGCCUAUGCCCGCAAGGAUUCACUGGUUCAGCACCAAAAAGUCCACACUGGAGAGAAACCUCAUACCUGCAGUGAAUGUGGGAAGCCCUUCCUUUACAGAAAUAAACUUCUCGUGCACCAGAGGAUCCACACUGGAGAAAAGCCUUUUAAGUGUAAGGAAUGUGGGAAGUCCUUCAGUUACAAAACAAGUCUCAUUGUCCACCAGAGAACCCACACUGGAGAACGGCCUUACGUGUGCAGUGAGUGUGGGAAAGCCUAUGUCAACAAGAAAAGUCUUGUUGUCCACCAGAGAAUUCAUACUGGAGAGAGGGCUUACGAGUGUAGCAAAUGUGGGAACUUCUUUACAAGCAACUUUGCCUUCAAUAAACACCAGAACGUUCAUGCUGCACGAAGGCGUUACGAGUGCAGUGAGUGUGGGAAAGCUUUCAAGAGGAAAAUCAGACUUAUUGAGCACCGCAGGAUCCACACUGGAGAAAGGCCCUACGAGUGCAACGAAUGUGGGAAAGCCUUCAAGCUCAAGAAUACCCUUGUUGGCCACCAGAAUGUCCACACUGGAGCAAAGCCUUUCCAGUGCGGUGAGUGUGGGAAGCCCUACAGCAACAAAACGAGCCUUGUUGUCCACCAGAGAAUUCACACUGGAGUAAAGCCUUUCCAGUGCGGUGAGUGUGGGAAGCCCUACAGCUACAGGACGAGUCUGAUUGUCCACCAGAGGAUCCACACUGCAGGAAAGUCUUCCGAGUGCGGUUCUUUGUAGGCAGCUCCUAAGUGCAUGAUAAACAAGGGAUUUCACACUGGGGAGAUGCCUUCUGGACUGAGCUUUCCUGCGCUUGAGUUAAUACCUAGCAGCACAGUCCCUGGGUCGUAGAGUAGGUGCCUGUUCCCCUUCUGUGGGGCCCGUCACACAUUCCUAAAGUGGCAGUGUCCUUGUACAGUCUCACCAGAACAGCCAGAGCCUGAGUUCCCGUGCUUGACGUUCUCACCAGCACUUGGUGUGGUUAGGCUUUCUAACAUCAGUGACAUCAUAGGUGUACGGUGGUAGCAAGUGAUUUAAAUUUGCAUUUCUCUAACGAGAUGGUAUUGAGUGGUCUUCCCUGUGUUAAUUCCCAACCAUGUAUCAUUUUUGAAAUGUCUGUUCAUAUCCUUUCUUGUGUUAAUUACUGACUUUUGACAUUUCUUCAUGGAUUAUUCAUCAAGGUUCUCUAAUGGAAAUAUUUACCAAUACAUUCUUCCAGAAUUGGGUUUGCCGUUUCAGUCGAUUUUCUAGGAAAAUAUUUUUAAUUUCAGUGUAGUCUAAUUUGUCCAUUUAUUCUUCUGCUGAUGAUUCUUUUGGUGUUGUAAAUAAGCAGCAUUUUCCAAAUAUAAAGACACUGUUUCCUAUGUUUCCUUCUGUAACUUGUAUGGUUUAGGGUUUUUAUUGAUGUAAAUGAAUCAUUUUCAGUUAAUUUUAGAAGUUAUUUUUUAAAAAUAUGGAUACCCAUUUAUCGCAGUGAUAGUGAUUUAAAAGAUUAUACCUUUUCCCCUGAAUUGCUCUAGUAUCUUCAUUGAAGGUCCAUCAAUUUAGGUAUAUGUUUAUUUCUGGACUUUCUCUUCUGUUGCCUUUACCUACUGUGUUUAUACCAGUGUUUUGAUGUGCUGAGUAAUUUGUUUUAUAUAUGUCUUGAAAUCAAAGUCAUAUACUCCGAUUUUCUUUACUUUUCAAAGGCAUUGUAGCCAUUCUUGUUUCUUAGCCUUUCCAUGUGAAUUUUAGAGUCCAGUUUUCAGUUUGUACAUCACAAAAAAAUCUUCCUAGCAGCUUGAUUGGGAUUGCAUUUAAUCUUUAGUUUAGAAAGAAAUACUGAGUGUCCCAGUCAAUGAACAUGAUCUAUUUCCUUUUAUUUAGAUCUGAUUUAAUUUUUCUUAGUAAUGUUUUUUUAGAUUUCUAUUCACAGGUCUUGCAUAUGUAUUUUCUACAACUGAUGAUUCUGUGAAUAGGAAUUUUAAACACUUUUUUUAAUUUGUGAGUUGUUCAGUGCUAGGACUCUGAGCUAUCAAAGUAAGGAUAGACGUGAUCCUUCUUAAUCUUAUAAGUGACAUCUACAGAGAGCUGUUAGAAGUACUGUACCUUUGAACCAUUAUUAAAAUACUUGCAUUAGGAUAAAAUAAAAGGAGGACAGCUGCCCAUUGCUCUCUUACACACUGCUGUCCUGGAGCUCCAGUUUCAUUCAGUGAUGCAAAAUGACGAAUAUGCCGCAGUGGGAAAGGAAGAAAUAAAUCACCAAACUUACAUCCUCAUUUGUCAUCUUCACUGAGUCCAAAUGUGGACACUCAAUUUAGUGCCUGAAUCCAUCAUAAACUCCUAAUUUUUUCAUCACCCAUAUGCUGCCCUUCUUGCUUCCUUAGGACCCUUUCCCUUCUGUUAAACUAUGCACUCAACAUCAUAGAUGAGCUGCUCAUUGUAUUGUUCUAGCAAAUACAGAGUAAGUUCCAGGAGGGAAAUGUGUGUUUAUAUGUUGUGCACUGGUAGAGUCCAUAAUCCCAGAAAAAAGCCUGAAAUACAUAUGGUACAUAUUGAUGUCUAAAAAUACGGGACAAACUAUCAGCACAAAUGUAACGUUCAUUUGCGCAUCUGUGAAUAUACUUCCUACACCUCUUCACACUGUCUUAUUUCACUACCCUCAAUGCUCUUCAGUUAUGGGAAGAAACCAUAUUUUGCAAAAAGUGUUUAAAUCAACUAAAAGGCUCCAACACCAUUUUAUUGGCUUCCUUCUCUUAUUAGAUCUCAGAUUUUUUUCCUCACAUUCCAUCAGAAUUUUGAUUGUUUAUUUCAAAAACCAGUUUUCCUGCAUCAAUGUGUGCCACUCCUGAUGGGUAUCUGUCUUAUGAAGCAUUUUUGAUAGCUGUUGGUAGGUACACAGUCCCAUGUUUUUCAGAGUUCAUCUCCACUCCCCAUGCAGACACUGUCAGUGCGCUUACAGGUGAAGUGUUAAUCAGUUCCCCAUGAACAGAUGACAUCAUGGACUUACAAACCUUCAUCACAGGCUUAUAUGUCACCCCUAUUGCUCCCUUUCAGAGAUGCUGCCAUGGCAGUCCUUGUUCUGGGAGCAAAUACACAUUUGGUAAGUAUCUCUUCAGCAAUCUGAUUGUUUGGAAAUAUUUAUCUCAGGAAACCAAAGAUUAACUGUUUUAAAACUAAAUUUGGCUUCCUGAGGUUGGGACAAUAGAAAUAAAACCUUAGAUAGAUUAGAUAUACAGAAACAGAGAUUUAGACAGACAGAUAAGAAGAAACCCAUAAAAACAGGAAAGGUUUGCUGAGGAAAGCAGAGGCAUGUUGCCUGUCAUCAGCCUGCUCCAGGAGUACCUGGCAUCUCCCCUCUUUGCCUUGGAACUGGACUCACUGGAUUCUCAGUAACCACACUGACUAUAAAAGGGCUCACCCUCAAGGCUUCAAGCUAAGGUAGGUUGUGAGUAGUCAGAUGAAGAUGAGCUCCCACUCUGAAUGGAAGCCUGGUGUCUGUGUGACGUCUGUUGAUCAGGGACAUGUUCCAUGGAGCCUUUAAUGGAGUCUCUACAUUUCCAUCCUUGGUGGAAGGCUGUUCAUGGCACCUCACGUUCCUGGGUGUUCUCUUUAUCGUACAAAUCGACACACUGCCCUCCUGGGGCCUUGGCUUCCAUUCCUAUAAAAAUGGAUCCAUUCUCCUCUCUUCUAACAGUCUAUCACCUACUGAUACAUCUAUCUGUGUCUUUUUAUCUGUCAUCUUUGCUUUACUGUAAUUUCACCUCAACUGCAUGUCCCGUUUAUAAUUUUUUUUAAACAGAAAAUAAAAAUUUGGACGAGAGACUCUCUUAGAAGAACAGACCCACCCUACAUUCAAUGAGAAUUUAAUUUAGACCCUUCCUGUGUCUACACAGACGCUUUGGGAAGUUACCAGUCAUUGUCGGUGAGUCACUGCAGGUUGUCAGGAGUGGAGUGACCUGCAGCCUCAGCACUGCCAUGGUUGCAGACACUCAGGUUUAUGCAAACUUCCAGAUUCCCACAGUCAUUCUAUUGACAUUUGUUUUUGUUAUUUAACCUCAUCUUGAGUCUUCUCAAGAUUCCUGGUUCAUUCCUUUGUCCAUUUCACUUCAUUUUUUGAUUUUUUAACCUACUUUCAUUACACUGGUGGUAUUUUUUACUUCCACUUUAAAUAGUAUAAGACUCAUAAUGUUUACUAUUAAUAUUUUGGAAGGAUCCAUUUGUGUAUAAAGUUAAAUUCAAUAAGGACAUCAGUACACCACACUCCUCCCGCACACAGUCUGCAAUCCAGGGAAUGAACACUGUUCACAAAUGGUGAGGAUCCCUCCAGAGAGAAGUGACAAUUUCUUCCAAAUCCACACAAAUGCUCAGUAAGAUCUCUCUUCUCUUAAUCCCAAAUUAACUACUCUAAAGUGUACAACUUCUAGAUUUGAAUGAAAGAUGCUGUUGGUGUAAAGGGGGUGAUUCAAAAAAUGGGAUAAGUUUAAAGAAAACUAUGUAAACCUGUACAUAUUCUGCACUCAAGAAAGGUUUAAAUAUCCCCUGCUUUUAACACCACCUUACAUGAGCCUCAAUAUCUAAAUUGUGUUUAAUUAGUUACGGUUUGUGAUUGGAAAGAAAAAAUAGAAAUUCAGCAUCAGAGAAUUAUGACCCACAAUAUAUUUUGGGAAAUUAACAUAUCUUAGUGUUGAGAACCAAUGGGAGAGUGUUUUCAGUUUCACUGGUAUUUCUAUCAUUUGUGAAAGAUGUCUGAUGCACACAUGAAUGUCUGUUAAGUACUGCCUAUCCAUGUACGUGCCCAGCAUCUUUUUGGGUCCUUCAGAAAUGUAAUUACUAUUGUUACUCAAGUUAUUGGUAAUAGAUUCCUGUUCUAUGUUCUGUAAAUAAAAAUGGAGGGCUAAUUUUAAUUUGUUUAAUAUAAUUUAUGAGUAUUAUUACAAAAAUAAUCUAUGAAUAUUAUUAGGAAAUAAAAUGGCCUCUAGUUUGGAUCACGUGGAGCGGUGAUUUCCUCAAUCCAAAGUCAUGAAAGCAUGCUCCAACAUACUUACUUAGAGACUUAUCAUUCUUUACAUUUGAGAUCUAGGGUGUCAUUUACUUCUAAUUGUGAAGGCCGAGUUUACUUCUAUUUUAUUGAAUCUCUGUUUUAUGGUACAAAUAUUUAAAUAUCACGUAAUAAAGGAUUUCUCAAGAUGUUGAUAAUUUAUCUUUACCAGGAAAACUAUAUCCAUUGACGUGUGUGUGAUUUGUUUUAGAUGCUCCCUGUUCUGUGCCACUGAGUAGUGUGUUUUUUAUUUUCAGUAUAAAGGAGUAACUAACACCCAUUGCUUUUGAGAUUUCUGGUUUUAAAAUUCUGACUAUUUUAUAUUUACUUGGGAAAUGUUAGAAAUAUUACAUGUUUCUAACUUUAAACGUUGGAAAUAUUUCCCAAAAUAAGUAUUAUCAAAAUAUGAGUAUUGGGAUUACGUUAAAGAAGAAACUUUGAUUGUAAAAACUGUUUGCCAUGUUUGCUUGGGCUACAGUUUGUCUCUGCUGUUAUUUUUGAUCUUCGUAUUUUAAUAGAGUUUUAAAGUUUGCUUGUUUUU